AUGGGGAAGUUCUUCGCUAAAAAUGUCUGUCUCCUUGUUGUAACCUUGUUGAUAGUAAUGGCAGCUAUUGGUUUAGCCCAAACGCGGCGCCCUCACGAGGAAGAGGACAUUGUCAUUCACACUGGCGGUGCAAGUGGGGGUGGUGGAGGCGGCGGCGGCGGCGGAGGCGGCGGAGGCGGUAACAAAGGAGGCGGCGGUAGUGGUGGUGGUGUUGGUGGCGGUAGUGGUGGUGGUGUUGGUGGCGGCACUGGUGGUGGUGUUGGUGGCGGCACUGGUGGUGGUGCUGGUGGCGGCACUGGUGGUGGUGCUGGUGGCGGCACUGGUGGUGGUGCUGGUGGCGGCACUGGUGGUGGUGUUGGUGGCGGUACUGGUGGUGGUGUUGGUGGCGGUACUGGUGGCGGCAGUGGUGGUGGUGUUGGCGGCGGCACCGGUCAUGGUGGCGGUAGUGGUGGUGGUGGCGGUAUUGGUGGCGGCAGCGGCAGCGGUCAUGGUGGUGGUGGAAAAGGAGGUGGUGGCGGCAACGGUCAUGGUGGUGGUGGUGGAAAAGGAGGUGGUGGUGGCCAAGGAGGUGGCAGUGGCAAAGGAGGUGGCGGCGGCAACGGUCAUGGUGGUGGAAAAGGAGGUGGUGGUGGCCAAGGAGGUGGCAGUGGCAAAGGAGGUGGCGGCGGCAACGGUCAUGGUGGUGGAAAAGGAGGUGGUGGUGGCCAAGGAGGUGGCAGUGGCAAAGGAGGUGGCGGCGGCAACGGUCAUGGUGGUGGUGGUGGCAAAGGAGGUGGCGGCGGCAGCGGUCAUGGUGGUGGUGGUGGCAAAGGAGGUGGCAGCGGCGGCGGUCAUGGCGGUAAUAAAGGUGGUGGCGGAGGCGGUGGUGGCGGCGGAGGCGGCGGAGGCGGUGGCGGAUCUUCUAGCGCUGGAGGGUUUUAG